AUGGAGGACUACCUGCAGGGUUGUCGAGCCGCUCUGCAGGAGUCCCGGCCGCUACAUGUUGUGCUGGGAAAUGAAGCCUGUGACUUGGACUCCAUGGUGUCAGCUCUUGCCCUGGCUUUUUACCUGGCAAAGACAACAGAGACUGAGGAAGUCUUUGUGCCAGUUUUAAAUAUAAAACGUUCUGAGCUACCUCUACGAGGUGACAACGUCUUCUUCCUUCAGAAGAUUCACAUUCCAGAGUCCCUCUUGAUUUUCCGGGAUGAAAUUGACCUCCAUGCCUUGCACCAGGCUGGCCAACUCACCCUUAUCCUUGUUGACCAUCAUGUCUUACCCAAAAGUGACUCGGCCCUAGAGGAGACAGUUGCAGAGGUGCUAGACCAUCGACCCAUCGAGCAGAGACACUGCCCUCCCUGCCACAUUUCAGUUGAGCUGGUGGGAUCCUGCGCUACCCUGGUGACCGAGAGAAUCCUGCAGGGGGCACCAGAGAUCCUGGACAGGCAAACUGCAGCCCUUCUGCACGGAACAAUCAUCCUGGACUGUGUCAACAUGGACCUGAAAGUUGGAAAGGCAACCCCAAAGGACAGCAGAUAUGUGGAGAAGCUGGAGGCCCUCUUCCCAGAUCUGCCCAACAGAAAUGACAUCUUUGAUUCUCUACAAAAGGCAAAGUUUGAUGUAUCAGGACUGACCACUGAGCAAAUGCUGAGAAAGGACCAGAAGACCAUUUGCAGACAAGGCAUUAAGGUGGCCAUUAGUGCAAUAUAUAUGGAUUUGGAGGCCUUCCUGCAGAGGUCUGGCCUCAUUGCAGACCUCCAUGCUUUCUGCCAGGUGCACAACUGUGAUGUCCUGGUCGCCAUGACUAUCUUUUUCAACACUCACAAUGAACCAGUGCGGCAGCUGGCUAUUUUCUGUCCCCAUGCAGCGCUCCGAAUGAUGAUCUGUGGAGUUCUGGAAUGCUCCCACUCUCCGUCCCUGAAGCUGACCCCUGCCCCAAGCACCCACCCUAACCUCCAGGCCUAUCUUCAGGGCAACACCCAGGUAUCUCGGAAGAAACUUCUGCCUCUGCUCCAGGAGGCCCUGUCAGCAUAUUCUGACUCUGUGAAGAUCCCGUCAGGGCAGCCCGAGACCGAGGGUGUGUGCAGGGAGCAGGCAGACAAGGACUUGGACAGGGCGGGGAGCUCCCUGGUGCCUGGACUGAGUCAAGAUGAGGAGGAGCCUCCACUGCCCCCCACGCCCAUGAACAGCCUGGUGGACGAAUGCCCCCUGGAUCAGGGGCUGCCAAAACUCUCAGCUGAGGCCAUCUUCGAGAAGUGCAGUCAGAUCUCACUGUCACAGUCGACUGCUGCCUCACUGUCUCAGAAGUGA